AUGAAAGCCUUGUCCUUGUGCAGGAGCUAUAAAUCUUGCCGCACGCAUUGCAGAAGCCUUUCAUCAACAUGCACUGCUCAACUCGGCCCGACAAUCCAAGAAGAAGACCGUGUUUGGGUCUGCACAAGAGAAACUUUUCUGCUUACUCAGCAUACCCUUCUCCAAAAAUGCGCCAAACACGGGGCUAUCAUGCCGGGAAAGUCCACCCACGCGCAGAUCAUACACUUUGGUUUGCAAUCAGACACUCGGACCUCAAACAUACUCAUCAAUCUCUACUCAAAGUGCGGUCUUUUGAACUACGCCCGCCAGGUGUUUGAUCAAAUGCGCGUGAGAAAUGCGGUUUCUUGGAAUACGAUCAUUGGCGCUUACGGUCAGAAUGGGAAUGGAGAAGGGGCUCUCAGACUUUUCGUGAGGAUGCUGGGCGAUGGUUCGGAGUUCAGCGAAUUCGCCUUGUCGAGCGUGCUGUGUGCUUGUGUAUCCCGAGGCUUGGACCUUGAGAGCAAACAACUGCAUGCUUUUGCAGUUAAGUCUUCCAUGGAGUCAAACGCAUACGUGGGCACUGCACUGCUCGACGUUUACGCCAAGUGCAGUUUGGUUUCGGAUGCCUUUCGGGUGUUCGAGUCCAUGACAGAAAAGAGCGAUGUCACUUGGAGUUCCAUGAUUGCCCGUCUCGUGCAAAAUGGUCUUUACGAGGAGGCUUUAGCUUUGUUUCUGAGGGCUCAAAGGGCUGGUAUGGGCAGUAGCAGAUACAUUAUAUCCUCUGUUCUCAGUGCUUGCUCUGCCUUGGCUGCUUUUAUAGAAGGGAGACAAAUGCACGCCGUGGUUUGCAAAACCGGUUUUGGUACGAACGAAUAUAUUGCUUCUACUCUUGUGGAUUUGUACGCUAAAUGCGGGAGUAUUAAUCAGUCGUAUGCAGUCUUCUCGGAUGUGGAGAAGAAGAAUAAGAAUGUUGUCCUCUGGAACACGAUGAUAUCUGGCCUUGCCCGACACGCCAGGCCUUUGGAAGCUAUGAUAAUGUUUGAAAAAAUGCAGCAAGAGUUUUUGUGCCCGAAUGAGGUAACUUAUGUUUCGGUCUUAUCUGCUUGUGCUCAUAUGGGCUUAGCUGAGGAGGGUCGUAAGUACUUUGAACUGAUGACGAGCAAACAUGAAAUGUCCCCCAACGUGCUUCACUACUCGUGCAUGGUCGACAUUUUGGGCAGGGCAGGAAGAAUAAACGAGGCUAAAAAGUUAAUCGACGAGAUGAUGUUUGAGGCCACGGCCUCCAUGUGGGGAUCGCUUUUGGCUUCUUGCAGGGUUUAUGGGAAUGUUGAGGUGGCAGAGUUGGCGGCCCGGAAUUUGUUUGAGAUCGAGCCUCAUAACGCGGGAAAUCACGUGCUGCUUUCUAAUGUAUAUGCGGCUAAUGGUAGGUGGAAAGAAGUUGCCGCUGCUCGGAAGCUUCUGAAAAGUAGCGAGGCUAAGAAAGAGAGAGGCAAGAGUUGGAUCGAGAUUAAAGACAGAGUUCAUUCUUUCAUGGUUGGAGAGAGCAAGCAUGAUCGUGCGGGUGAGAUAUAUCAUAGGUUGGAUGAGUUGAUGAAGGAGAUGGAGGCAUUCGGUUUCAAAGGUGUGGUUGAACACGAUCUACAUGAUGUUGAGGAUGAUUACAAAAGAGAGCUACUAAAGCACCACAGUGAGAAGCUGACAUUCACGUUCGGCAUUAUGUGCUUGCCUCCGAAUAUGCCGGUAAGAAUUAUGAAGAACCUCAGGAUCUGUGGAGACUGCCAUGAGUUUAUGAAGGUGGCCUCGACUGUGACGGGUAGGGAAAUUAUUGUCAGGGACAACAACCGGUUUCACCAUUUUAGAGGCGGCUGCUGCUCGUGUAGAGAAUUUUGGUAG